GGGAGGCGCUGGCUCCUUUCCUGUGGGGCAGGUGUGGGUAGGCUGGUCCCAGCCGUGGUACCGGCCCUGUCUAGUCCUCGGCGUGAGGCGCGGCUCUGGGCCGGCUCCGCAGGCGAGGCGCUGUUGUGCGGGUGUCAGCCGAAACGGGGAGGCUGCCCCAGCCCCUGCCAACUGCCAUGCCCCUGAGGUCAGAGCAGGGGACUGGACACCGGCCUCAUCCAAGGCGCCGUGCAGCCGAAAGCGGCAGAGCCCCAGUGUGCCUGUCCGGGUGCGCGGCUCCGGAAUUCGGCCCUGGAACCAUGGCUGAGGCUUCGGGGAGUCCCCUGUCCCAACCCACAGUGCGGAGGAAAAAAAGCAUAUCUAUCGAGGAGAAAAUUGACAUCAUAAGCGCGGUGGAGAGUGGUGAGAAGAAGGCAGACAUUGCAGCCAAGUAUGGCAUAAAGAAGAACUCCUUGUCUUCAAUCAUGAAGAAUAAAGAAAAAGUUUUGGAAGCCUUUGAAUCCUUACGAUUUGAUCCUAAAAGGAAAAGGCUAAGGACCGCUUUUUACACCGACCUGGAGGAGGCAUUGGUGAAGUGGUACCGAAUUGCUCAGUGCUUGAACAUGCCAGUAAACGGUCCUAUGUUGCGCCUCAAGGCUAAUGAUUUUGCCCAGAAGCUCGGACAUAAUGAUUUUAAAUGCAGUAAUGGCUGGCUUGAUCGUUUCAAGUCAAGGUAUGGAUUAGUUUUCAGAGCUCAGCCUGCAGAAGCAGCUGCUACUACUACAGUAGAUGCUUCAACACUUUGGUACCAAAAUGUUCUUCCUUAUUAUUUAAAUGAGUAUCAGCCAAAAAACGUGUUUUACAUUCAGGAGACUGGAUUGUUGUAUCAGAUGUUACCACAUAACACAUUUGCAUUUAAAGGGGAAACUUGUUCUGUAGGUGAACUAAGCAAAGAGAGAAUAACUGUAGUGGUGGGUACAAAUAUGGAUGGCUCCGAGAAACUUCCUUUGCUUAUUAUAGGAAAAAACAAAAGUCCACACUUUUCCAAAGAUGUGGAGUCACUACCUGUGGAUUAUGUAGGAAAUGAUAUGGCAUGGAUGACUUCAGAAGUGUUUGAACAGUGGAUGCACAAACUUGAUGACAAAUUUCAAGCACAGCAGCGACAAGUAGUUAUUCUUGUUGAUUCUCUCCCAGCUCACACAGAAGUAAAUAACCUGAAGUCUAUCAAAUUAAUGUUCUUUCCUCCAGACCCUUCUUCAUGUACAACUGUGAAACAAAGGGUUAUCAGAAGUCUGAAGGUUAAAUACAGGCACUGUCUUAUCAAGAGAUUUGUUGACUGCAUAGAAGGUAAUGAAGAGUUUAUGCUGCUUCUUCGUGAUGCAAUUGAGAUGUUGUACCUGUGCUGGAGGGAAGUAAUGCCAGAGACCAUUGUAAAACAUUAUAAAGAAGCAGGAUUCAAAUUAGAAACCAAGGCAAAUGGUGAUGACACAGAGGCUGAGACUGAUUUUAAUUUGCUUGCACACGCACAGGCAGCUGGAGUGGAGUUUCCAGAAGGUUUAUCUUUGGAGGAAUAUGCAGCUCUAGAUGAUGGCUUGGUAACUUACGAAAUGCCCACAAAUAACAAAGGGAUGGGUGCCAAAGAAAGUGAAUCAGAUAAAGCUGUGACAUUUGUUUGCAAUGAAGAUGAGGAUGAAGAUCAAUUUCAGGGAGCUGAACAGCCUUUACCGUCAAAAUCUGAGGCUAUGAAUGCUUUAGAUACCCUUCGAAAGUUUCUCAGAAGUCAAGACACGGAUGAUUCUCUUCACAAUUCCUUAGCUGACCUGGAGAAUUUUAUUCAACAUGUAGUAUGUAAAUAAAUAAUUUUAGCAAAGUGUGAAAGCAUGUAGUUGGAGAAAAAAAAAGGGAAGUAUAUAAAGACUUGUAUAAACAUAGAAAAAUAUAAAAAGGAAUCAUAUAAGUAAACACAAAUAGGCAGUUUAAUAAGAAGUGUUGCUGCAGUGUUUUCUAGUGUACUUUUCUUAGGUGCCCAGAUGUACAUAAUGAAAGAAAUCUGAACGUAUGAAAAAGGGCUGUGAACUGGAGUUUUCCACAAAAUCAGGAGGAAAGAACACAAAAUUUGGGGUUGAGAGAGGAAAUAAGUUGAACCUUUAAAAUGAUAACUGUAGUAAGUACGGUGGAGGCAAAAGCAAUUCUCUGAGCAGUUCAGUGCAGUCAGGAUGAACCGGUGCCCACUUGAAAUUCUUUCUUCAGGAAGAGAUUUAACACUUCUUCACAGUGAUAGUAUCAUUGGUGUCUUUGGUAUUGUUGACAGUAGAACAGUAAAUAUUUAUCAGCUUGGUGCUUUUGAUACUUCAACAAAAAAUGGAGUAACACAGAAAACCCAUACUGAAGUUCUGAGAACUAAGGGUUGUUUAACAUAAUUUUUUUUGUCCUUGUUCAAGAAUUCUGGUCAUAGUUUAUUCUUGCAGCAGAAAGUUUGCAGUUUGGGAUGGGUGUUGUUUUCUUAAAGCUCCUCAUGUGUGUAGAUACAGGAAUGGCAUAAUCAUUUAUCUGAGACUCAAAAGACAAACAAACCUUUACUUGGUCUUUGAAGAGGUCAAAAGGGAAGGUCAUUCUGUCCCCUUCAGCCUCUCUGGUAUUUGGAUUUGAUGUAGGUCCUUCUGUGCAGCUCCCAUGUAUUUUUACAGAACACAACCAGCUGAUGCAGUAUCUGUAAACCUUACCAACUCUUGUUUUAUUUACUAUACUUGAUGGUUGUGCUGUAGGAUUCAAUGCACGGAUGUCGUUUAUUAUUAUAACUGCCAUGAGCAGGGGAGCUGUUUGUGUGAGUGCAGUGUUGAGUAAAUCACAGUACCUUUACACAUCUUCAAGUAUGCAUUUCAAGCGAUGUAAUCAUACCAGAGCCAAAAAUAGCAAUUUAUAUGAGACAUACUGUUCCUGACUUUUUUAAAAACCCAUUUAAAUAUUUUCCAUAUCUGUCAAUUUUAAUUUUUU